AUGACGCCGUCGGAGCGUCGAGAGACGGCGUCGCGCGCGUCGUCCUCGUCGGCGUCAACGGCGGCGGCGCGCACGCCUCGAGAUGGUGCACGUCGGCGCGCUUUCAGACGGACGGUGCGGUCGAACGCGAUCGCGCAGACGUGCGCGGGGACGGUCUCGGGCGAGGAAAAUCAGUCGAAAGACGACGAGACGCCGAGCUCGGGACGGAGGGUGGUGUACGACGACGAUGGGAACCUUCUAGCUGAUUACAUUGGGCAAACUUCGUGCGUGGUCGAGUCCGAAGCCGAGAGCGGGAUGACGAGGGUGAAGCUGAUGACGUAUGACCGAGUAGGUUUGAUGGCGGACCUAGGAAACGCGUUCAACUCCAUGUCGCUCUCAAUCAGGAGCGCGCAUUUGACGAGCACGAAGGAGGGCGUGGUGGAGUGUACGUUUGUCGCGAGCACCUUUGACCUGAGAGGCGUCGCCGCCAACGACUAUGAGGUGCUGAAGCAACGCCUGAUAGCGAGCGCUCUUCGGCGCGGUAAAUCGUCCAAGUGGAUCGAACGACAAGCGCGUUUGAAGCAAUUGUUCAAACGAAUCGAUUCUUUGGACACUGGAUACAUUUCCCAAAGAGAGGUGGACGAAUAUGCGAAGUCGCUGAAAAUGCCGCCGUCAUUCGUGCACGACUUCAUCGCAGAGGGUGAUUCUCACGGAAGUGGUUCGAUGAACUUUGAAGAGUUUGCAGCAUACGCUCGAUCGAAGGAGGUAGUGUUGCGCGACGCAUUCGACUCUCUAGAGCCGAACGAGAACGGCUACGUGACAGGCAAACAGCUGAAGGAUGGCCUGAGAAAGUUAGAGCUGCGUUCAGGGAGAUACAACACGCGCAAAAAGAUUCGAAGCAAGAACGUCGACGAGGUACUGCGUUCGAUGCGCGAUGAUGCUCAACUCACCGCCGAUGACUUUCGCGACUUGCUCGUCUUCAUGCCGGUCGCGGCGUUCAAAACUGUUGAUCCGUACUUUAUGAAGGUCGGUCUUGAAAUAGGUCCGCGCAGAUUGGCAAUUCCGGACAGGCGCAAAGAAGGUUCACCGUGGGGUCACUUCAUCGCGGGCGGAGUCGCGGGGAUUGUCGCCAAAACUGCAAGUUCGCCGCUCAACGUGUUGGCCGUUCGCACGACAGUAAGCGGCAAAGCCACCGACGGUCUCGUUUCGAUGGUUCAGAAGAUUAUGCGAGAGGAGGGCGCUCGUGGAUUUUUCAAGGGCAACCUCACGAACUCGCUCUCGAGCGCUCCAGGCAAGGCGUUUGACUUCUUCGCGUAUUCGUGGUAUAAGGACGUCCUGACACGUGGCGAACCGCGCGAGCCAACCAACGGCGAGCGCUUGCUUGCGGGCUCGCUCGCAGGGAUGACUUCUGACACGUUGCUUUAUCCGCUCGAGGUGAUAUCGACGAGACUCGCGAUCAGCACGGAAAUGUACAAGAACUCUCUCGCCGGUGCCGCCGCGGUGGUCCGACAAACCGGUGUAAAAGGGUUGUAUUCUGGUUGGCGGUCCGCCAUGCUCGGGACGAUUCCGUAUACGGGCUUGAGCUUCGCAACGUAUGACAUCUUAUCGACGGCGUACAAAAAAGCGACGAAAACGGAAAGCGCGGGGGCUCUUCCGACGCUCGCGUGCGGUGUGGUGUCCGGAUUUAUUGCGUCGACAGCGAGCUAUCCCAUCUAUCGCGUCACGCUGCGCAUGCAAACGGGAAUGGCGCCCAGCGAUUCCAUCGUACAGUGCUUGAAAUUGUCUUUACGCGACGGCGGUGCAGGCGCGCUCUGGCGCGGAUGGGUACCGAGCUCCUUGAAAAUCGUGCCCCAGGCGGGCUUUUCGUUUCUCGCGUACGAAUCCGUAAGGAAGCUCUUGCAGGGUGACGACACGCGGAACAAGGAUGUUUAA